AUGUCUCGUCGUCUUCUCCUCGUCAACGGCCCCAACCUCAACCUCCUCGGCACAAGAGAGCCGCAACUAUACGGCUCGACAACGCUCCAAGACGUGCAAAACGACGCAGAGAAGCAGGCAUCCUCGCUCUCGGCCACGCUCGAGUCCUUCCAGGCCAACUCGGAGGGCGCGAUAGUGGACCGCAUCCACGCAGCGCGCGGGCACGUCGACGCCAUCAUCAUCAACGCGGGUGCUUACACGCACACCAGCGUCGCCAUUCGCGACGCCCUCGUCGGCGUGGACAUUCCCUUCGUGGAGGUGCACAUCACGAAUGUCCAUGCGAGGGAGGCCUUUAGACAUCAUAGCUAUCUGUGUGACAAGGCGGAGGCGGUCAUCUGCGGGCUAGGCGUUUUUGGAUACACGGCGGCGAUUGAGUAUGCUGUUAAGCAUCUAAAGCUGAGGACUAAAUUGUAA